CCCAAUCUCUCCCCACAGGGCCCCCCCAAUGUCGGACGACACGGAAAAGAAGGACGAGACGCCCCCACUGGGGCCAACAGAGCUGCAGCUACUGCCCCCCCAGAGUCCCCCCUCGGCCCCAGACGUUCCCCCCUCAGCCCCACUGUCCCCCCAGAGUCCUCCCUCGGCCCCAGACAUACACCCCUCAGCCCCACUGUCCCCCCAGAGUCCUCCCUCGGCCCCAGACAUACACCCCUCGGCCCCACUGCCCCCCCAGAGGUCCCCCUCGGCCCCAGACACACACCCCUCGGCCCCACUGCCCUCCCAGAGGUCCCCCCUUGGCCCUAGACACACCCCCAUCAGCCCCAGAUGUUCCCCCCUCAUCCCCAGAUGCCCCCCCCUCACCAGCAGUGACUGUGAUGGUGGAGGAUGAGGGGGAGCCAGAGGAAGGGCCCCAACAAAAUGGACAGGCCGUUGGUGUGGGGGGUGCCCCCUACUCCCCCCACACCUCCCCCCCUGCCCCAGGCCCCACCGGUGCCGUCAGCACCCACCCUCCCACCCCGGCACCCGCACGCUCUAAAUCGGCCUCCCUGGGCGACUUGGGAGGCAAGGCCAGUGUGAACGGGGGGCCGCGGGUGCGGGGCAGCCUGGUGGGGUCCCAGGUGCAUCUGGCGGGGGCAGGGUCGCCCCGUCCCAGCCUGAGCCGCCAGCCCUCGGGGCCCGAGGUGGGCCUGGAGGUGGAGAAACCGCGGGAUUACAUCCUGCUGGCCACCCUGUCCUGUUUCUGCCCCAUCUGGCCCAUCAACAUCGUCGCCUUCGUGUACUCUGUCAUGUCCCGGAACAGCCUGCAGCAGGGGGACGUGGACGGGGCGCGGCGGCUGGGCCGUGUGGCCAAACUACUAAGCGUGGUGGCCCUGCUCGGGGGCGUCGUCAUCAUCAUCCUCUCGGUGGCCAUCAACUUCGGCCUGUUCCAGUGAAGACGACUCCGUGCUGUCCCCAGCCCCCCAACUCAGGAGCCCCCACCUGGCACCGCUCUAAUGGGG